GUCUAUGCAUUAGAAAAAGCUAAAAAAAAAAAAAACAGUUCUGUUAUAUAGAUGGCAAACCUUAAACUAUACCGUGAAAACUCUAUUGGGCGGCGCCAUCGGAUUCUUCCGUGGUGAGUGUCUGUUUCACAGAGGUUAUUUAACAAUUGAUAUUCAAUAGUUUCUGUAAUAAGCCCCCAUGUGGUAACCAGGCUAUCCUGAAGUCAAGUCCCGCAGGCUGUGAAAAUAAAGAUACCCAGUCUACAAUGGAUCUCUCAGAUGUGUCCAAACCAUAUUGGAUUGCGGUCAAAACAAGAGUUUAUUGACAGAUAACUGCAUGGGCAUGAAACUUUUCAAUCGAAUCUUUCAAAGACGAAAUCCAAUACUGCUUCCCUUUAACCGAGGUUUUUAACAAUUGAAAUUACCAAAUUAUUUUCACUUUAAUAUCCGCGUUCAAAUAAUAGAAGGGUUUUCUGUAUAAGAGUUUGUUGUAAAAGAAAACAUAUGACGAAUUUCGGGGCCAUUUUUCGCAUCCGCCUCCUAGGGUGUCCGCCUGAUUGGGGUCUCUUUAUUAGGGUUUUCACUGUAAUCGGCUUGUCAACGACUUUAAGGUGGAAAUGUAAAUGUAUAUGACAGUUAUCAAGAGAAAAUGACGUCAGGUUAUUAAUCACUCGGAUAAAUUUUAAAAAGUUAUAAAGGAACAAAGGUAUUCUUCUCUCUCAAGAGAUUACAAUAUAACUCACAGUAAGGCUCUGACAUAGCCACUCAUUAACUGUAUAGCCACGCAUUAAGAUGAUUGGGCCAGCGGCAAAUAUAAAUAGUCAAGCAGUAUAGACGCUAUAGCACCUGCAACAACAACAACAACAGAAGAAGCAAAAACAAACAAGCGCAACAAAAAAACACUAGCAACACGGUAUUUCUACAGAAUGCGCAGAAAAGAUGCCAUAUCUAAAUAAAUAUUUCUGUGUAAUUUGUUGCCCCUUGUCUUACUGUGGUCACUGGUGUAAGUUAUUUCCUUAUGGACCUUUUGUCUAGCCCUGCAUCCGUAAUUUGUGCACUAGUUGUACACUAUUAGUGGAAGGAAACAUCUGCCUCAUUUUAAGGUAAAUCUUUCGAAAUCUUGAACUUCUAAAUCAGAAACUCAAACUUUUCAAAACUUUGGGAAAGCAAUCACUGGUUGGUGUUGGAUACUCAGAGUUCUCUCAAGCAAUCAGCUAAUCGUGCGACCGGACGAAGCUGUAAUCCGGAAACGGAAAUCAAAGCUAGCAAUUGAGAUUUUUGUACGAAUGUAGUGGUGACGCUAUCCGAGGUCAAAAAGUGAGGUCCAAACAUUGCUUGGCGGUUUAAAUCUUUAGAAGGCAAGAACACGGAGUGUUUAAUGAUGCUUUGCAACAUCGGGUAAUAUUAAAACCGUAACAAGAAUCAUUACAAAAAUAUCUCAGGUCACAUAAUAUUGUUGAUGAUUCAGAUUAGUCCAUGAUUGGUGCACUGUGAGUGACAGGCACAACGUCAUUUAAGAGUCCGUGGCCACCAUGUCUUCACUCAAGUGCAGAGAAUCCUUUCUAAUUCUAGAGGAGCAAUUGUUUUACACGCCUAAGGUAACCGCAUCGCGCUAACAAGAUGGCGUCGAGAGCUAGCAAUUAUUGGCCUUUUCAGCACGUUAAUCCUUCACACUGUGUUUCAAAUAGCUCGUUUUCAAUACGAAGCAUUUUAAAUCUUCCAGAAGAGACCGUGGAAAAAUGCACUGGUUCUGUAAGGGAUGACUCAAUGGAGAAAAGCUACUCUGUUCCUCUGAGUCCGCUUGUUCCUCGAGUAGUUUGGCCCAUAGUACAUCACUACGCUCAUGAUAGUGCGUCACAUCUUACACUCCGUGGGAAUUGGCAAGACUUUGGGUUUGCACCUUUUGGCCAUCAUUGCGGAUACGGUGGCGAUCUCUUUCCAAUUGGUGUAAACAUCUUGCCGAAGAAACGAAGACGUCCCAUGCGAAAGAAGAGACAACGUCCCCUGUUCUCGCCCCAUCAAAUCCAAACCAUGGAGAAGGAAUUCGCCAAACAGCGUUACGUAACAGAGGAGAAACGAGCGCAGCUGGCUUUAGAAGUCAACUUAACCGAAGCUCAAGUCAAAACAUGGUUCCAAAACAGGCGAACUAAGUGGAAAAAGGAAACGAAAGAUGAAGCUAGAGCAACUAGCCGAAACUCCUACAAGGAAGACAUGUCACUAAUGUCACUCUCAAGGCCAACGAUAAAUCCUUUAUGUCGAAACAUUUGUGUUGAUUCACUUGUAAAUCCGUUCACAGUUAUGGCACCAUUUUGUGCUGUCCCAAUAUAUUCCACUUUUACCUCGAAUCCUACAUUUGUUUCGUGAUUUGUCCUGUAACACAAAACAUCACUGAUCAUUGUUGUUUUCAGUAUAAGCAGAUCGUGUUUAGUUGCCUUAGCGUUAGUUGUGUUUGCGUUGGCAUUUAUAUAAAAGAGCUACUGCGUAUAGAGAAACCUCAUAGAAACAGGCGUCAGGUUGUUCCUGGGUCAGGUUUUGUGGAUUCUCCAGUGUAUUCGUUCUUAUAACUUAUUAAUAUUUAUGAAUUCAUGGAGAGUCUAUUUCUCAGCUCGAAAUUUAAUCCUUUUUAAUUUGAUAUUUUUCUCUGCAGAACAUUUAAACGUGCAUUUUAUAUUUCAAGAUUGUAUCUUUAUUCUUACGCAGUCUGACGACAAUAUUUAUUGCUGUACAUUGACUUAACCAGUAUUUGUUCUAAUACACAACAAUCCUUUCCUAUCUACUGAAGGCCAAAAUGUUACAAAAUGUCCGCUCUUGAUUAUUUUGGUCUGAGGCAAUGAAAAAUCCGUGCUUUGAUAUGCUAUUUUCUCUUGGUUUACCGAUGUUUACAAGAAAUAGAAGGUGUACACUUUUCAUACCUAGUUUACAUUUAGCAGCUUGUCUGGUUUAAUCUAUUCCUAAUUCACUGCUGUCUUCGAAAGAGGAAGCUUGCAACUCAGAUUAUCAGCUUCAAUCUGUAAAUUAAUCAGUUGGUUCCAAACGCUUCCACCGCCACAUCUAACAGUAAAAUCACAAUAUGACUUCAAUACGCCAUAUCAGUUCUCAUACAUAUAGACACUAUCAAAGGUAUAACAAUAAAAGAACGUUUGUGUCUCACUAAUUGUGGAUUUCCUGCAUGAGUCUAAUGCAAGUAUUUGGGUGUUCAACACCCUACUAAGAAUUCCUUGUUAUCAAUUAACCUGAUGGAAGAGGCAAACUCUUGCCACUCUCUCUUCACGACACUUGGCAAUUCGCGUCGAGGUUUUGAUCUAUGCACAAAUCCUUAAUCCUUAAAUGCUUAUUUACAAAUUGACCACUUACUUAAAAAUUUGGCAACAAAUGAGUCAGGUAUCGCACUAUAAUGGCAAAUUAUCUGGCUUCCUGAUUAAUGAUUGGUAAAGAGCCACUAAUGGAAAAGAAAAAGAUGUUUCCGCAGUUUUAAUAGCAACCACUAAAAUGCUUGUUACCUCACCGUGAGCAUUUAUGAUGCGCCCGGGAUCAUGUGUGAUACUCACAUUCUGUUUCUAAGCAAUUAUUAUGUUCGAGAGUAACAAGAACGCAUGCUAAUUUCGUCUUGGUCUCCAUGACUCCUUCCCUUUCUCCCUGCGAGAAAAAUCGAGAUUUUUCGUGAGUGGGUCACAUUUCGGGCCCCCGAAGAUUUUCUUGGCAGGGGCGUCCUCAACACACGUGCGUGGCGCAAGAAACACGUGCGUUUUAGUUAAAACUGAAGCAAGUAGCGUGAAGACUGUUUCGCGAGCCAUAGUGUCACUCAAGAGUCUCGUAGCUAACAUUUAUUUCUGUACGACUCCUGUGUUGUCAACUCGGUCGCGUUUGACGACAAGAGAACAACUGUUGCGUCCGUGAUAAGUGAAACAAAACCUCCGAGCCUACAGAAAACGAUCAGUGCUUGUUCGAAUAAGAUAAUAAGUCUUACACCCUCCGAACUAUGUAGCUCGGUGACGGCAAAUGAUAAGAUUUGAGGUGACGACACAUAUUUACCGAUUCUCCGAGUCAAAGAAUUAAUACGGUCAUAUCUCAAAGAUCUUUACUUAUAAUUUACUCUCUAGAAGUCAACACCUCAUGCACAUCGAAGCACAGAGCAAUGGUGACAUUCCUCGACAGACUGCAGCCACUAUAUCGAACACACUCCUUAUUAAUCUACGAUUACUCCUAGUUUAUCUCCCCAGUGGGAGGGGGAGCGAUGCUCCCUUAUGAUUUUAUAGGGUAUCAAUU